UACGUAGGGUAGAAGAGAAAACCCUCUUCUGGCCGCCGCCCUCCCGUCCUCCCGCCCGCCGCCGCCGCCGCCGCCCCCAAAAAUGACUGCGCUCGCGAUCCUCCUCCGCCACGGCCGCCGCGCCCACGCCCAGGCCCGCGGCAUCCCCCUCUCCCGUGCGCUCUCCACCACCACAGCCGGCACUGACCCCGGCGCCCUCUCGGUGGCCGACGCCACGCGGCGCCUCCGCCGCGAGCACGAUCCGGACCGCGCGGUCUCCAUCCUGGAGGCCAUCGACACGGCCUCCAUCUCGGCCGCCUCCACCCGCCACGCGCUCUCACUGGCCGCGCGCCGCCUCUCCCGCUCCCGCCGCUUCGCCGACGCGGAGGCGCUCCUCUCCUCCCAUCUCCCCGCGUCCACCACCGAGCCCCACCUCGCCGCCGUCCUCUGCUCCUACGCCUCCGCCAACCUUCCCGAGAAGGCCCUCGACGCCUUCCGCUCCACUGCGACGUCCCUCCCAACCCCCAUCUCCCCGCUCCCCUUCAACGCCCUCCUCUCCGCCUUCCUACGAUGCCGCCGCCACCACCGCGUCCCUGUCCUCUUCUCCGAGCUCUCCAAGGAGUUCUCCAUCACCCCCGACGCCACAUCCUACGGCAUCCUUGUCAAGGCCUACUGCAUGAGCCGCGACGAUGUUAAGGCGAAACAAGCCUUGGAUCAAAUGCGUGAGCAAGGUAUCUCGCCGACCACCAGUAUCUACACCACGUUGAUGGAUUCAAUGUAUAAGCAGAAGAAGACUGAGGAAGCCGAGCACUUGUGGAAGGAGAUGGUAGAGAGUGGAUGCAAGCCCGAUGUGGCAACGUACAAUGUGAAAGCCAUGAACUAUGGACUCCAUGGGAAACCGGAAGAGGUACAGGAGGUGAUGAUGGAGAUGGAGGCGGCUGGAGUGAAGCCAGACACCAUCACCUACAAUUUCCUCAUGACUUGCUAUUGCAGGAAUGGAAAAGUGGAGGAUGCCAAGGUUCUGUACCAUUCACUAGCUGAGAAGGGGUGCUCCGCAAAUGCUGCUACGUACAAGCACAUGUUGGCAGCGCUGUGUGCCCAUGGCGACUUUGAUGCUGGGUUGGGCAUCGUCAAGGAAAGCUUGAAGAGGCACAAGGUGCCAGAUUUUAGGACAAUGAAAGGGUUGGUUGAGGGAUUGGCAAAGGGAGGCAGGGUGGCUGAGGCCAAGACGGUUGUUGCGGAGGUGAAGAAGAGGUUCCCAGAGAAUUUGUUGUCUGGGUGGAUGAAGCUUGAGAAGGAGCUUGGGUUGGACUCGGAUAGCAUAGACAACACUCUUCAGUCAAAAGGUACAUCUGGAGAAACUGUUGUGGAGUCAAAGCCUGUUGCCGCAGAUGCAGAGGCACUUGAGCGGGAAGGAUCUGCCCUUGAAGAAAAUGCUGUAUCAGAAGAAUCCAGCGAUGAUGAAGUGCCUGGGCAUGAGGUAUCCUCUAGUGAGGAAAUGCCACGAGGUCCCGCCUAAAUGGGUAUUAUCAUGUUCCUCGAGUUUAAUUUGUUUAGGUCUUUAGGAUGUUUGCAUUGAGCACAUUUUCUAUAUUGAGGAAUUGUGAUGCUGCUCUGUAGAUGUAAACAUUGUCUUCUGGAUACAUACUCGUGAGCUGCUAACAUGAAUAAGACGUGCCAACUUUUUGUAUGAAAAGAUGCCUGUUAAGGUGGUCUCGUAUGAUUUUAAGAGGCUAUUGUUCUGGUGAUGCUUAUCUUGCAUUAUGAAAA